AUGCUUCUCUACAGGAUGUACCCCAUUUCCCUAGAGCCUCCUCUCCUGGUGUUCUCCAAACUUGUGAAGACACAUCUUAGUUACAGGCACAGCCCUGUUUUUUUCACUGGCAUUUUGGAUUCGGUCAAAAAAGACUGCACUGCUGUCGGUGCUGUUUGCGCCAACAAGGACAGUAACUCCAGCAGAUUUAUCCUAGGCGAAGACUCCGAGCCUGUGGCACUGACUGAAGAAGUUAAGCUUGGUCCCCCAGAAGAUCCUGAAGCAGUUUGUUCCGAUGUGGAUAGUGACUCCAGCACAGUUGUGCUCGAUGAGCACUCCGAGCCUGAGGACAUUGAAGACAUUGACCUUAGUUCUGCAGAAGAAAACGACAAUAUGCUGCUCGCUGUUACUGAUGAGCUUGAUGAGAGUGGAGGCAAGACCCCAGCAGUAUCAUGUGAAGCGAAGGAGCAAGACUCACCUGCAUGUUCCGUAAAGUCCACCGACACACUCCUCCUUGAUAUUGAUAAGGAAGAUCGGACUAUUAUUGUAGAAGACCUGCCUGAACAAGACACGACUCUAGUGAACUCUAGCCCCGCCGCUGAAGACCCUGAUCCUCAAGAAAGACCUGCAGCUGGUGUGUUUCAUCGCACUGUGGACCCACUGGACAGUGAGGAGGACUUGAGGCAAAAGAUUAACAAUAUAAGGAACAGUGCAACAACUGUUGCUGGUUGCAGCAGCACUGUAAACGAGGGUGAAUGCAGAAGUGUGUCCGACAUAGCCGGUGCUCAGUUUUCCAAAAGUCGGGCACCAUCGUCGUUUGUUAUUUCGCACCUUCACGACUCGCAACCAGGUACAAGUAAAGCGGCAAGUGCUUUUCAGAGGCUUGAUCUUGAACAACCAGGCCAGAAGCCACAGACCAGUGCUCCUGCAGCCUCGAGGCAUGCUCCCUUCAUGAGCGAGGACCCUGAAGAAAACAAUGACAACGAGAAUCCUGAAUGGGAGAGGUUGCGGCAGCUGAGCACAGACGAGGAACGAUACGAAGCCGUCCGAAACGUGUGGCAUAACUCUACGAUCCCAAAUCCACACAGUGAACUUACCACCUUUCACUACAGGCGACAGAUUCUGGGAGUGCAAGGCACCAGAAACACUCCAGUGUCGAAACAGCACAAGCGCAAGGCUUCACGUAACUGCAGCCACAGACCAGCGAAACGACAGCGCAUGGACACCGAUGUUUUCGACCUGAAACUGAAGGCUCUUCAAAGGAAACGAAGACAGGAUUUUCAGAAGGCCCGGCAGGACCUUGAGUUGAACUUGGGCCAGCUUCAGUCUAGCAUUCACCAAAAUCAGCGUCGGGGCGACUUUCAGCAAGGCCACGGGUCACACCACCGCAACCACCAUAGAGCUAACACUACCCCUUGGGACUUCAGGUACUACCAGCAGGAAGAACAGAGGCUGCAUGCCCAGUUUGUGGCUCAUCAGGAUACCAUCCAUCAGAAAUAUUCUGCCAAAGAGAACAAGUUGUUGAGCGCUAGAGAAGAGGUGCGGCGUUUCGACAAAUUUUAUGUUGGUCUGCAGCAGGCCGAUCCCACACUUCUGACGGAAGAGCAGCUGAAGGAGCAGCUGAACAUGGAGAAGUUGCUGGGACAGUUCAGGCUGUGGUACAAGAAUGCCAAGGACUAAUGCUUUGUCGUUACCCUGUGUUUUUUUUAAGUAUUUUUAUAACAAUUCCCGGGUGCUAGUGCAAUAGUCAUGAAGCACAGAGAGAAGCUCUUUCAAAUACCCUGUUGCAAUUUAUAUGAGCUGCCCACUUAAUAAAGCUUAUUGUGGUAGUAAUAAA